AUGUGGGCCACAGCUUCAUCCAAACCUCAGCGCAUUGCAUCUGAAGACCUGAAAUCUUUAUGGCUAAACCCUGAGGAACUAGCUUGCUCCGAGCAGGUGCAUAAAGUUCUGCUGGGCAGCAGGAAGCCCUCCACGAGGGCAACUUACUGGGAAAAAUGGAAGCGAUUUUCUGUGCAGUCAUCACAGCAAGGAGUUCCACCAGAGUGCACAUCCCUGCAAAUUGUUUUGGAUUACCUUUUAUCCUUGAAACACCAAGGCCUUGCCCUCUCUUCAAUUGAGAUUCAUCUGACGGCCAUCUCCGUGUUCCAUCCCAAAGUUGACAGUAAGUCCCUCUCUCUUCUCAUGAGAAGGGAAAACUUGACAAUAGUGACAGAGUUGGGUGAUAGAGCAGCCCAGGGACGUGCGUAUGGAAAUCUGGGGAAUACACAUUACCUUCUAGGCAACUUCAGGAAUGCUGUUAUAGCCCAUGAACAGCGUCUCCUAAUUGCAAAAGAAUUUGGUGAUAGAGCUGCUGAAAGAAGAGCAUACAGCAAUCUUGGAAAUGCCUACAUAUUCCUGGGCGAAUUUGAAACAGCUUCUGAAUACUACAAGAAGACACUACAACUGGCUCGACAGCUUAAAGACAGAGCUGUGGAAGCACAGGCUUGUUACAGUCUUGGAAAUACAUAUACUUUGCUCCAAGACUAUGAAAAAGCAAUUGACUAUCAUCUGAAGCACCUUACAAUCGCUCAGGAACUGAAUGAUAGAAUUGGUGAAGGAAGAGCAUGCUGGAGUUUAGGAAAUGCGUACACAGCAUUAGGAAAUCAUGACCAAGCUAUGCACUUUGCAGAAAAGCAUUUAGAAAUUUCAAGAGAGGUAGGGGAUAGAAGUGGAGAAUUAACAGCUAGACUUAACCUCUCAGAUCUUCAAAUGGUGCUUGGUCUAAGCUACAGCACAAACAACUCCAUGAUGUCAGAAAUCCAUGCUGUAGAUAAUAGUUUGAAUGGUGCAAGAUCCAGAGUAGGACGCCGUCACAGUAUGGAAAACAUGGAACUUAUGAAAUUAACACCUGAAAAGAUUCAGAACUGGAACAGUGACAUUCUUGCUAAACAGAAACCCCUGGUUGCCAAACCUUCAGCAAAGCUGCACUUCGUAAAUCGACUAAAAGGCAAAAAGUACAAAAAUGGCAAAUCCUCCAAAGUUCUGCAGGAUGCUAGUAAUUCUAUUGAUCAUCGACUUCCAAGCUCUCAGAGGAAAAACAGUCCUGAUAUGACUGGAGAUGAAGGGUUCUUUGACUUGCUGAGCCGGUUUCAAAGCAACAGGAUGGAUGAUCAGAGAUGCUGUUUCCAGGAGAAGAGCAGAAUGACAGCUGCAGCAUCAUCCUCCACCCCACCUAAAACAAUGAGAAAAUCCUUUUCUACUUCCAUGGUCUCACCGCACACUGAUGAAUUUUUAGAUCUACUUGCAAGCUCACAGAGCCGCCGCCUAGAUGAUCAACGAGCCAGCUUUAGCAAUUUACCUGGGCUUCGUCUCAAUCAGCACAACAGUCAGUCAGUCCUUGGCCACCUAAUGGCUAGCAACAACAGAGAAUCAGAUGAUGACUUCUUUGAUAUCUUAAUAAAAUGUCAAGGUUCCAGAUUAGAUGAUCAAAGAUGUGCUCCACCAUCAACUGCCACAAAAGGACCAACUGUACCUGAUGAAGAUUUCUUCAGCCUUAUUUUGAGAUCACAGGCCAAGAGAAUGGAUGAACAGAGAGUCCCUUUACCCUCCAGUAUAAAGAGACUAAAUCCUAACGAAGACUUUUAGAAAGAGAAGCCUUGUUGGAAUUUCAACUACAGCACAAAGAUUAGGGGGUCGGCUUGUACUGUAUUUUUUAACAAAGAAUCUGUCACUUUCCUUUGUUUGCAGGGAAAACGAUAAUAUGCCUUUAAAGGAAAAAAGGGUUUUGUAGCACUAAUAAUGUUUGGAUAUUCAGUUAAGUGUAUUGUGUAAAUAGUUUUACUUUUCAAAAAUAGUGCUAGUAAACUGACAGUUGUACAUUCCUGUGAUGAGUAUUCUGCAAAAGGUACAGUCUACAGUUGCUACUACUGCUAGAGAUUAACUGUAUGUCAAAGCUUAAAUGAGUCACUGAGUACUUUCUUAUCUAAAGUGGAUAGCAUUGUGAUCAGUAAGAUGUAGUGUUUAAGGUACUCUGCUUCAUUGAUUAAAACGCUACAAGUUUAUGGCAGUUUAAAUUAACAGUAAUACAAAUUUCAUAGUUCUAUAUGUCCUUUUAAAAAACUUUUUUCCCUGAUUUGUAUGUUUACCUUUCCUGGAACGAUCAGUUAGUCCCUGGACUUUUUUUAUACCAUUUUUUUUUUUAACCCACAAACUGAGGAAUAAAUUACCUCUCAGACUG